ACAAAGUUUAGAACUAACCGAACAUAUUUAAAGACAGGAAUCCUCAAUCAUAUGUAAACAGCAAACGACUCAAAUUAUGGGUCAGAAAUCGAGCAUUUUUGAACUAGAAAACAUUUCAGCCGAUCAAUUGUUAUGCCGUUUUAUUUCAAAUGAUAAAAUAAAGCUAAAUGACAUAUUUUGGAAAAAUCUUUUUGAUUAUUCACCCAAAAAUAUUAAAAAUUUUGAUCUUAAGAUAUUGGAAGAAAAUAUAAGUGGAAUGUGUAGAAGUUUAUCAAUCAAUAAUUUAGACACUGGUAACUUUGUUUCGUUGAUGGCAUUUUUUGUCAAAAAAGCAAAUGACUACGUGUUCAUGAACUCCACCAGUGUUUCUGAGAGGAUAUCAGCCCAAGAAACAUUGUUCAAUAUUUUAUUUAUUAUACGUUGCUGUCUGAAAUAUUUUGCUCGUUGUAUCAUCGAAGAGAAUUUUGUUAAUCAAAUAAAACUUAACGAUAAAAUUAGAAGCGAAAUUUGUAUAUUAUUUCAAAGCGGAGCAGACGAAAAAAACGCUUUGUUCACGGACGAUUAUUUUAUUUUGCGAAACUUUAUUAUAAGCCUCCUCGAGAUAAUCAUAACUCCGGUCUAUAGUAACACCCAUAAUAUCGAGAAUUAUAUUUUGAUAUUGGAAGCCCUGAAUACCUUGAUAACUCUUCUCUCCGUACAAUUAUAUCGGUCCGAAUUGCUAACCAGCAACCAUUCCGAGCCAUUUUCGUCCAUUAUUUACGAGAUUUUGUACAGAGAUCCCCAAAUUGCACGAGAAUAUGCUGUUCCGUUGACUAAAGCCUUAUUAUCGUACGCCAACGAGACAAAUAUACCUUCUCAAAUUAAAUUACUCGCGACAUCACGGAAUCAUGCGUUGGAGGGUAGUUUGAUUAUCAAUCUGAGCACCAAAUUGGCUGGCAGCCUGUACGAUGCCGUGUUAAACACAUUACCCUCCUUCGGAUUUAGCUCCACCCAACCUAAUAACGACAAUGUAGCCAGGACCACAGUUUUACCCAUCAAUCCCAUAACUUGUUUAGCUCCCCCUUAUUCUUUCCACCUUAGUUCUCCCGACCUGUUGGCUAAAGAAUUGCCCGAUUUUUCUGAACCCAUUAUCACCAACGGCCAAAAAUUGUUCAAAUUAGAUCCAGGAAUUAACGAAUCUAAAGGAGGGAAAGUCAGCACCGUCGCCACGAAAGUAAACAAGGAUGAUUUACACGCGCGAGCGAAGGACGAGUCCAAUUUGGUGGGCCUCUUAGCUAAACGCAGCGAGAUAUUGUUAGUCGUACUCAGCACCUCGCUCAUGCGUCGCCGAAAAUACGCUUCUGCGAACCACCAAGAAAGCGGCGGAGAAGGUGAUGUCAAUAAUAAUAACGGCUUAAAACAUGAUUAUUUGGAUGGCGAUUGUGAAAAUCCUUAUUUGAAAACCUUGAGUACGUUUGGGGAUGAUGCUGAUGCUUCCAGUAACCUUCCUCUCAUUCCAUUCCGAUUAAAUUUCAAUUCGCUUUACCAGUAUUUUUGUCGAAAUUUUUCUUCCCGACCAACAACAACGCUGUUCUUUUACCUCGUGUUCCACCAAAAUUUCCAUUUCAAGACAUACGUCUUGGCUCGAAGCGAUAUCGAAUCUUUGAUUAUUCCCUUGCUUCACAAUAUAUAUGAGAUGGGUAAGAAAUUGCAAAAAAAUUCGCCAUGCCAUCACCUGUACAUGUGCCUAAUAAUCUGUCUCAUUCUCACCGAGGAUGAUUUGUUCAACACUUCCGUUCAUAAAAUUGUAAUAAAAAGCCCACCCUGGUUUGCUGAACGCUCUAUACCACAGAUUUCGUUAGGAAGUUUUAUGGUGUUAAUAUUGCUCAGGACUAUACAAAAUAAUUUGUUUCGCAUAAGGGACAAGUAUUUGCACACGAAUUGCCUUGCCGCUUUGUCUAACAUGUCCCAAAAGUUUCACGAUUUACAUUCGUACCCUUCUCAGCGGAUCGUUAACCUAUACCAAAUUUUGCUGAAACACUAUUUUAAACUUUUGCGACGCCUGCGCGAAUCAAAUCCUGAUAAUGCCGUUGGCAAUCACGUGGUAGAGUCAACUGAUUUAGAGUUAACGUGGACGGACGCCCGAACAUUGCAAGAAAUGUUAGGCAUGAUACUCGAAAUAUUGUAUCAAUGCCUUUCAUCCCCUUCCAACCUACCCUCCAACGCUCACCUAAUCUACAACAUGCUUUACCAGGAAAAAAUAUUUAAACCCGAUAUAUUUUUAAGCUCACCGGAUAUCGAAAACUUAUCGAAUUCACCUUAUUUUCCAAAUAACCUGAUAUCUUUGUUGAAUAGCAUACAUAGUAUCUUGAACGUCAUAUCAAAUCGCCUGCAAAUAUCUUGUAGACCCCAAAUCGACAAAAACGAAAAAUCGGACUCUCCCAUAUCUCCGAUUUUCGAAAGCGAUAAAAUCGGGGAAGACUGCAAUAAAAAUAUCAUGCAACUAUCUGUAGAAGAGGCCCUGCUAAAUUUGAAACAGGUUCUCAAGGUUUUACCAUCUCAGCCUAUCAACAGACUUCCUAACGUAAAAUUUAAAUACGUGGAAGAGGAAUGGCCGGAAGUGUUUUUUGUUCCUUACACCUGGUCUUUGGUUUGCGCUCAUUCGCACCUUUAUUGGAGUUUGAUGAAUGUUAAACUAUUUUACCCCAAAGAUUACUACGCUUUAUAAAUAUAACACAAAGAAUUUGAAGACAAUAUUUAUAUUAUAUAGUAUCAUUUCUAUAUUAUAUUUGUUAGAAAAUUUUGAAUAAGUAAUUAUUAUAGCUAAUCAUAUUUUUAAAUAUAUAAAAAAAUCUAUAUUAUUCUAUGAAUUUAUAUAAAAUUUACAUUUUUCGUCACCCAUUUUUUAAAGGUUGAUUAUGACACUAAGCUAAGUAAAUGUUUUAAAAUUUAAAAACUUUCUUAGAGGAAUUAUAGGGUUUUUUUAUCUUUAAAGAUAUAAUAUAAUGUUUUUGUAUAUAAAUUUUAUAUUUUUUUUUUAUGCAACCAAAAAUGGUAUAUGAUUUUAUUAAGUAAGUAUGGAUUAUUUAUUAUAUCGCGCGUUU